UCAAAACUCUGUUUACUAGCUUUUCUCAGUAAAGAUGCUAAUAUUCGUUACCUGAAAGGAACCUCGAGUUUAAUUUUUAUUAAAUUUUUAAUCUGUUCCAGCACUAUAUACAAAAACUGCUCAUUAGUUUUAAACUAGCAAUAAUGAUUCCAGAUACACUAAAAAUAAAUCAAAUUGUAAAUUGCUUAGCUGACAUUUUUCAGUUCACAGAAAUUUUCCUGGUGUUCAACUACUAAUAAACAUAUACUAACUGUGUUCAAUAAUGGAACACCUGCUUAUUUUUACUUAACAAACUGUAAAACGUCAUUUGAGCCUGAAGGGGAAACAGGUGGCUCCUGCCUCGAGAAAACCAUUGUUUGACAAUUAGGUAAAUAAUGUAUGUCUGAUGCUCCAAGUCUUAGUUGUACCUGAAACUCGGAAACUUAACUGCAUUUUCUGUCAGAGAAGCCAACAUGCCGUUACACUAUAUCAUCAGCCAAAAGAACCGUAAACAACUUAUGGUGAAAGGAUACAUCUAUAAUUUUGAACGUGCUAGUGCUGAGAAAAGUAUUUGGAAAUGUGUAGAGUAUUUUACUUGUAAGUGUAAAGGGCGAAUUCACACUCAAGAUGAUAAUAUCAUUCUUGAAAAAUCUCACGGGCAUCCUCCAAAUGCUGGCAAAAUUACAGCGAAAGAGAUUAUGAGUUCAAUUAAAGAGCGUGCGGUAACAACGCAAGAAUCGACACAUUCUUUAGCAGCAGUUGGUACAAUUGGUCUUCCUUGUGCUGUUUCGGGGCAUAUACCACCAGUGGAAAAUAUUAAAAAAAAUUAUCAGAUAUGCUCGACACGGAGAAAUGCCAUUGCAUAAUCCUAGAUGUCUUGAAGAAUUAGUAAUCCCAGAACAGUUUUCAAAAACACUAAAAGAAGAGAAAUUUUUGCUGUAUGACAGUGGAGUGCAGACAGACAGAAUUCUAAUUUUUUCGACCCUCAGAAAUCUGGACUUCAUGGCUGAAUGUCCGAACUGGUUUGCUGAUGGAACUUUUAAAGCAACACCACCGCUUUUCAGUCAGAUUUAUACAAUCCAUGGUGUUAAAUAUGAUAAUGUGAUACCUUCAGUGUAUGUAUUAAUGCCAAACAAACGCGAAGAAACAUACAAUAGAGUGUUUACGGUGAUAAAAUCUUUGAAACCGAAUCUGCAGCCCAAAACUGUAAUGACUGAUUUUGAAAAGGCUGCCAUAAAUGCCUUUAAAAAUUCCUUUCCGAAUAUCAUUCAGAGAGGAUGUUUUUUUCAUUUAAGUCAGUGUGUGUAUAGAAAGAUUCAGUCUGCAGGUUUGCAAAGUAAAUAUGAAACUGAUCCGAAUUUCGUUUUGGAAAUCUCUCAACUUGCAGCUUUGGCUUUCGUUCCUACUUCAGAUGUCAUUGAAGCAUUUGAACAAUUAAUAUCAUCUACUUAUUUUGUAAAUAAUAUGAACAUCAUUCAGCCAAUCAUAAAUUAUUUUGAAGACACAUGGAUUGGUAGAUUUACUCGUCGUGGACAACGUCGCAGACCAGUGUUUGACAUCCCUCUUUGGAACUGUUAUGAUGCUGUAAAAGAUAAAGUUCCAAGGACAAAUAAUGCGGUUGAAGGAUGGCAUCGCAGAUUCAACGAACUUAUGAACGGAUGCCAUCCAACAAUCUGGAAAUUUAUUGAUUGCUUAAAAAAGGAACAAAAUUUAAAUUCUAUAAAAAUUGAACAAUACAUUGCAGGUCACCAUCCACCAGUAAGUAGAAAAGUUUACAGAGAUACAUCUCUCAGAAUUCAAAAGAUUGUAAAUGAUUAUAAUGAUCGGCCUAUUUUAGACUAUUUAAGGGGAAUAGCCUACAAUUUUCAACUGCAGGUGUAA